UUGCAGGAAGCAACAUUGAGCAGUGGAAGAAGCUAGUAGCAGUAAAUAGCGUUUAAAUGUUAAAUUUCCACGUACACACGUAUGUCUGCAGCUUAUUCUAGCUUCAUGGAUGUGUGGUCGAUACAUGUGUUUAGUCUUAGUUUAUUUUGUUCACUAGCGACCUGCAUGUUGGCUCAAAAGAACCACAUGCUAGGUUAGCAAAAGUCCCUUUGCAGGGCAGUGUGAGCAGCUAAUCACCCAUCCAUGACCGCAAGAAGAAGAUCCAACUGGUGAAAGGACACUGAUCAGCUGGUUCACGAUGAGGACAAAUAAGUCAUACAAGCUUGUGCUGCACAAGAAAGGUUUUGGUGGGAGUGACGAUGAACUGGUUGUCAACCCAAAAGUUUUCUCUCAGGUCAGUCUGGGGGAUAUAAUUGAGAUUGCACAUCCCACAGAUGAGUACAGCCCUCUCCUACUGCAAGUGAAGAGCCUAAAAGAGGACCUGCAGAAAGAAACAAUCAGUGUGGACCAGACUGUGGCACAAGCCUUCAAACUGCGGGCGUAUCAGGAUGUCAUAGUGAACAUCGUCGACCCUAAGGAUGUCACAUUGGACCUGGUGGAGCUGACGUUUAAAGACCAGUACAUCGGCAGGGGUGACAUGUGGAGGCUAAAGAAGAGCCUGGUGAGCACAUGUGCUUAUGUGACACAGAAAGUGGAGUAUGCAGGAAUCAGAGCUCAGGCCAGUGAACUCUGGGUGAAGGGGGAGAAAGUGACCUGUGGAUACAUAAGUGAAGACACCAGGGUGGUGUUCAGAUCCACUUCUGCAAUGGUGUACAUCUUUAUCCAGAUGAGCUGUGAGAUGUGGGACUUUGACAUUUACGGAGACCUCUACUUUGAGAAAGCUGUGAAUGGUUUCCUCUCUGACCUGUUCACCAAGUGGAAGGAAAAGAACUGCAGUCAUGAGGUGACAGUUGUACUUUUCUCCCGGACUUUCUACAGUGCUAAAACUAUAGAUGAAUUUCCUGAGAUACUAAGAGGAUCCAUUCGACAGGAUCACGAGGGCCGUUUUUAUGAAGAUUUCUACAGAGUCGUAGCUCAGAAUGAGAGACGGGAUGAGUGGACGUCAUUAUUGGUCACUAUUAAGAAGCUUUUCAUCCAGUAUCCUGUCCUGGUGCGACUGAAGGAAGCAGAUGGUUUUCCUGCUGGUUAUAACUCCACUGCUGCUCAAGGAAACUACCUGGAGGCCAUUAACCUCUCAUUUAAUGUAUUUGACAAACAUUACAUCAACCGUAACUUUGACCGCACUGGGCAGAUGUCCGUGGUCAUCACACCUGGGGUCGGAGUGUUUGAAGUCGACCGCCUGCUUAUGAUUCUCACCAAACAGAGAAUGAUCGAUAAUGGUAUUGGUGUGGACUUGGUGUGUAUGGGUGAGCAGCCAUUACAUGCUGUACCGUUAUUCAAGUUGCACAACAGGACAACGCCAGGAGACUCCCGUGUGGGAGAUGAUUAUAACCUGCCUCACUGGAUCAACCACAGCUUCUACACAUCAAAAAGUCAGAAUUCCUGCAGUUAUUUCACCCCUCGAAUCAAACUUGCUGGCCGGAAGCUUCAUGCAGAAAAAUUAAAGAGCAACAAAGAGCACACUCUUUGUGCACCAAAGGACUCUGAAAACAGCCUGCCUAUACAGGUGGACUACGAUGCCUAUGAUGCUCAAGUGUUUCGACUCCCUGGUCCUUCACGAAUUCAGCGGAGCACCAACUUCAGGAUGGGUCGAGACAAAGAGACAAGCGCCAGAAAAAGCUGGGGCUCGGUGGACGUCAGUGCAGGGAUCGGAGCGUCUCCUCCUGUCCGUUCUGGAGGACAUGAUGAGCAGCGCAGCCUGGCCUCUGAUGACAGUCUGGGCCCUGUGUCCAACAUGCUGCUGAUCCCUCGAAUCCCUGCUGCUCAGUAUGAAGUCAGCAGCUCCCUGGGCUACACCAGCACCAGAGAGCUGCUGGAGAAGAUGAUGGACUCUCAGAGGGACUCCAGUGCUCCAGGGAGGUUCACAGUGGGAAGUGCUGAGUCUACUUUACACAUCCGCCCCGGAGGCUACACCCCUCAGAGAGCCCUCAUAAACCCCUUCACGCCUUCCAGGAUGCCCAUGAAGCUCACCUCCAACCGCCGACGCUGGAUGCACACUUUUCCUGUCGGUCCUUCUGGAGAGGCAAUCCAGAUCCAUCACCAGACCAGGCAGAACAUGGCUGAACUGCAGGGCAGCGAGCAGAGAGACCCCACCCACACCUCAGCUGAGCUGCUUGAACUGGCCUAUCAUGAGGCCACCGGAAGGCGGACAACGUCUCGUCAAGUAGGAGAGAACGGCCUUUACAUCAGCGGAGGUAUAGAGGAGUACACGGGAAGUCCAGGAAGCAACAACAGUGGGACUCUCACCAAUCGGGGCUCCUCAUUUGAAGACUUCUCCCUCAGUGGCAAUGAUCCAACCCUGCUGCUGUCUGCACCCCCGACAGUGCCCAGCUUCUGCUGCACAGUGGGGGUAGACUGGAAGUCUCUCACCACUCCAGCCUGCUUACCCCUCACCACUGACUACUUCCCUGAUCGCCAAACGCUCCAGAACGACUAUACUGAAGGAAACUAUGACCUGCUGCCCCACAGCGACCUGGAGAGACGUGAAGAUGAAGCUCCGGUGAUGAGUGCGUCUCAGGUGUUUGAGGAGUUUAUCUGCCAGAGGUUGAUGCAGGGCUAUCAGAUUAUUGUCCAGCCGAAUAACAGGAAGCCGCAGCCUGCUGUGGCCACGCCCCUCGGCAGCAGCCCUCUUACUCCAGAGGGUUUGGUGUCCAUGCGUCGAGCAGAGGAUGAGGAGACAGUUUACUGGCUCAGUAUGGGUCGGACUUUUCAUAAAGUUUGCCUCAAAGACAAGAUCAUCACCGUUACUCGAUACCUGCCAAAGUAUCCAUAUGAGUCGGCUCAGAUCCAGUACAGCUACAGCCUGUGUCCACCACAUUCUGAUGCUCAGUUCGUGUCCUGCUGGGUGGAGUUUGGUCACGAAAGACUUGAGGAAUACAAGUGGAACUACCUGGACCAGUACAUCUGCUCUGCUGGCUCUGAAGACUUUAGUUUGAUCGACUCUCUUAAGUUCUGGAGGACUCGCUUUCUGCUCCUCCCUGCCGGAGGGGCUCGGCGGGUGGCGGACGGCGAGGGCCACUGGGACGUUUACGGAGAGGGAGCAGGAACUGGGAUGGGUGGUAGUGGGGAGUGGGUCCUGCUGGACGGCUUCAUCCGCUUCCUGGAGGGUCUUAACCGCAUCCGAAGACGCCAUCGCUCCGACAGGAUCAUCAGACAGAAAGGCACACCAAUGAAGGUUACCACUCCACUCCCACCAUAUCCCACAGAGCCUGUGGCGCCCCCACAAGGCAAGAAAGGCACGUCGGCAUUAUCAGCUUUACUGGAGAUGGAGCAGAACCAGAAGUCUCUGGAGGAACAGCAGCAGCAGAUGAAGCCCCCAGCAGCCGUGAGUGAGCCCUCAGGAAUCGCCACAGCCCCCACAUAUGUAGACAGCCCCCGCAAGGACGCUGCCUUUAUUUUGGAUUUUAUACGGAGCCCUCGCUCCUCCUACAUCUAUCACUCUCAGGUUUCUGCUGAAGCUACAGAAGCUGCAGAUAAAGGAGUCCAGCCGGCUGUAACUGCAGCUCAAACUGCAGGAGAUGGAACAUCCAACAGCAGCGCAGACAUCAGUGGGCAGUCUGGAGUGGGAGCUCUGUCUUUGUCCUCAUCCUCAACACUCAUAGAGAUCCUGGAGGCCAUUAAACAUCCCACGACUGGUGUUCAGCUUCUCCCAGAACAGAAAGGACUGCCAUUCAACUGUUUCAUCAGUGCAGAGGUUGUUCAUUGGCUCGUGAACAAUGUAGAGGGGGUUGCCACACAGGGCAUGGCUGUGGAUAUUAUGCAGAAAAUGCUGGAUGAGGGUUUGGUUGCUCACGCAUCAGGAGACGCCAUGCGCACAUUUGUCUACGGUUUCUACUUCUACAGGAUAGUGGGAGAGAAGGAUGGUCAGACCUCCCAGCUCCCCCCCUCGGCAGCUGGAGGCUGGUCUACCGCUGCCGUGGAGGACUUUGCCCUGUUCCAGAGGAAGUGGUUUGAGGUGGCCUUCGUGCUGGAGGAGCGACGACCCUGCGAUCUCCCGGCCUUCCUCUUGCCUUGGCUGCCCAGCCGGCCGGCCUCCUACGCAAGUAGGCACAGCUCCUUCAGCCGCAGCUUUGGAGGACGCAGCCAGGCCGCCGCAUUGCUAGCGGCUACAGUCCCGGAGCAGAAGACCGUCACCCUGGACGUGGACGUCAACAACCGCAGCGACCGCACAGAGUGGUGCAGCUGUUAUUACCACGGCAACUUCUCCCUCAACGCCGCUUUUGAGAUCAAGCUGCAUUGGAUGGCUGUCACUGCAGCUGUGCUCUUUGAGAUGGUCCAAGGCUGGCACAGGAAAGCAGCGUCCUGUGGCUUCCUGUUGGUUCCUGUGCUGGAGGUCCCAUUCGCACUGACAUCAUACCUGUAUGGAGACCCUCUGAGAGCCCAACUCUUCAUCCCACUGAACAUCCACUGUGUGCUGAAGAAUGGCAGUGACAACCUGUUCGAAGGGUUUGAACCAGAGACGUACUGGGACAGGAUGCAGCUCUUCCAGGAGGCCAUACUGUACAGAUUUGGCUUCGUACAUGACAAAUUCUCAGCUUCUGCUUUUAAUUUCCCAUCUGAGAACAAGCCGCAGUACAUCCAUGUCACAGGAACAGUGUUCCUCCAGCUGCCGUACUCCAAAAGGAAGUACUCGAGCGGCACUCAGCGCCGGCGCAGAAACUCCACCACCUCCAACAGCCAGGGCCCGUUCGGCAGCGAGGAGAGGGUGGGCUACUACUGGGCCUACAACACCAUGCUGACCAAAGCCUGGAGGACGGGCGUGUUGGGCGACGAGAAGCUGGCCGACCGCCUGCUGCGAGACUUUACCGACUUCUGUUCCAACAAAGACAACAGACUGUUGAACUUCUGGGACAGCUGUCAGGAGAGAAUGAACGCCAGCGCUCCCUGAGACGACAGUGAACACUCUGUAUUUCCACCGGUCCAUUUCACUGUGCUCCUCGUUAGUAAACCUGCUUCAGACUGAGCCUUUACACGACCAAGCACUGAAGUCUCUGAAUGUUUACAGUGUUACAAAGCCCAGUUCUCUGCAUUGGAUGAAGAAAUGUAAAGAUUUAAAAGAUAAAAGUGUGGCCUUUAAAAGCUUCAAGAGAUCCUGCUUUCAUAUUUAUUUUAGUAAAUGCAUACAUACCUGUUUAUUUAGAUGGGUUUACUCCAUUUCCUACCAUCGACCUUUCCCGCUCAGUGUGUUGAAGGAUUAUAUGGAUGAUGAUGAUGGAAAAUGUGUUUUCAGGUAAUCUGGUCCAUUGUAUGUAGUGG